AUGGGUAAUACUACAUUUACUUCUAAACGGAGUAAAAAGAAAAGCUCAGUCAAAGACCACCAGAUAAAUCAUGUCAAUCAAUCACCCGUCGUCGAGUAUAAAACAAAUGAUGUCAGUCAACCACCCGUUGUCAAGUACACAACAGAUGAUACCAGUCAAUCACCCGUUGUGGAGCACACAACAAAUGAUGCCAAUCAAUCACCCGUUGUCGAGCACACAACAAAAGAAGAGCCGUCCACCCCACAAACCAUUUGGAAUCCAGUAUUCAACGAAUUUAAACUUGAAGACAGCCCGCAAAAUGUCAAUUCCUAUCUUCCGAAACAGUUUUCUGCUCCGACUUGGACGCAUCUGCCACGAGCUGAUGAAUACAAGCAAGAUGUGGUCAAAUAUUUUUGGUUAAAACUGAGCGAAUUUGGGGAUGAAAUUACAAAAUUUAUUCCACCGAAUGUAUCCAUCGAAGAAUCGAGCUAUGUCUGCUUUUUAUUUUUCGAUCAAAAAUUAUUUCGUAUUUCCAUUCGAUUAUUUCACGAUGGCCGGCACCAGAAUUAUGAUGAAAUAAUCGAAGCAUAUGCUAAAGCAGUGAAUACUCCGAUAAUCAUAACUGAAAAUGGAAAGGAAUUCUACUAUGAAGACAACAGAAUCGCCUAUUUUUCACGUUUUUCAACAGACAAAAGUCAUAGUCUCAUUGAAGUUAUUCGAAAAGAUCAGACAACAUCGGAUGAUGGCCAUCAGUAUUUUCGUUCAGCAACUCAUCAUCAGUCACGUAAGUUAUCUGUUGAACCGUUGAUCUCACCGCAGCCGGACAAAUAUGACAUCAUGAUUUCUUACUCUCAUCAUGAGAAAGAAGUUUGUCAUCGUCUUUACUACCGUUUACUCGAGAGCAAGUUUCGCGUAUGGAUAGAUCUCGAAAAUAUGUAUGGUCCAAUCGUCGAACGAAUGGCAG